ACAUCUAAAAUCAUUUCUAAUAUCCUUGUUGUGGAACAUUAAUUUGAACAAGUACAGAAAACAGACUGAAUUCAUAUCAUUCUAUUCCGAUUCAGUGAAGUUUUGAACCGGAGAACUAAAGAAAAUCUACUCUGCGUCGUUAUUGUAAUAUAAUAUAUAUCUUAACCGUGAUAAUAAAGAAGUAAUUUGUAAUUUUAGUGUGCCCUGGCACAUUGAAAAGAUACCUAUCGAUUCAGAGUUUUUGCCUAACCUAAAUGAAUAUAUUAGAAAAGGCUAUGGAACAAUUUCUAAUUGAAAAACCUUACGAAGAAGUUUGUGAAUUACAAUUUGAAAAUCCAGACAAUGAAAUAAUAAUAGAAAUAUCCGACGAUGGAAUUUGUGAAGAAUUUCAAAUUGAAAAACCUGCUGAAAGAAUUUGUGAAAAUUUACAGAUUGAGAACCCUGACAAUGAAAUAGUAAUUAUCUCCGAUGAUGAAAUAAUUGAAAUCCUCGACGACGACGACGACGACGAUGUUAUUGAAKUUAUAAACCUCGUUGACGAYGAUGACGWUGUCAACAACUACAACAAUGAUGACUACAACCAAAAUGACGACAACGAAGACGGCUACUAUGAUGAAAUAGAAAUUUAUGAUUCCAAUGAUGAAUUAGAAAUUGAAAAAACUGACGGAAAAGGUUCUAAAUCAAAAACUAAUAAUUAUGACGAUGGAUUUUGUGAGUCAGAAGUUGAACACAAUGAUGGAGAUUGUGAUUGCAAUGAUGUAGAAUGUGUUGGGUGCUUUUGGCCCUGUGAAUCUUGCUCGUCAAACAAAUGUGGACAUCAAUGCCGUGUCAAUCGUGAUUGGAAAUAUCAAGCGUGGCAAAGACAGGGAAGGAAGAGUUUUUAAAUUAUCUAUAAUUUGUAUAUUGGAAAUAUAACUAAGUACAAUCUUACUGUUUAAUAAUAUUGUAAAUAAAUUUUAUAUUUUUAUCAUUCAAUAAAUUUUUGUUAGAAUAACUGAAUUUACUGAAUACAUCUUGGAGUUUUAUUCAAACAUAUAAUUGUAUAAUGCAUAAUUUUAAGCAUUUCAAGUUUUUAGUGUUAUUUGUGUUACA